CGGCGGGAAGGCCGACGGCCAUAAGCGCAUAAAGGCGGUUACCCCCCACUUCUCCGAAAAGGGAGACACGAUUGAGAGCGCUCAGUUUUUUUUUUUUUUUUUCUUACUUCCCAUAGGUUCUUCCCUCUUCUCUCGUUUUUUUCCACCGUAAUCGACUAACAACAAAGGAGAGAACAACCGAUCCUGGGGUUUGCCUUUAAUCACCGUGAAAAUAAGUAAAUAACAAAUCACAAGGUACAGUCCUUCCCCGCCAAUUCCAUUGCACAAAUGUCGCUCCCAGAAACUGCUCAGCACACCCGUCUCUUUCGCUCCCAAAUCGUCGCCAGAAGAUUCGACGACCAAUCCCUGAGAAUUCUCGAAUCGGUUCUUGCUUGCAAAGACGUGAAGUCGAUCAUGCAAACGCGGUCGAGUUUGAAAGACUUCAUGAGAUCGGAAUCUCUCGCUGUCAUUCGCGAGCUCUCACAGCGCACAGUCGAGCAGAAGCUUUCGGUCGUCGAGUUCUUUGUCCGCGCUUUCGCUCUGAUAGGCGACAUCGAGAGUUGUUUGGCGCUCAAGUACGAGGGAUUGCUGCUGCGGGAUAUCAAAUCCUCCGCUGAUCAGUGGAUGCGAGUCUCGUAUGAGGAGUGGCUGAAUUUCGCUGAGCACUCACUCGACAAUGGAUUUCAUGCCGUGGCUCGUCAGGCAUGUGACAAGGCCCUAUCAUGCCUUAGCAAUGCUGGUCCUGAAGAUACCAAAACUGGAGAACCUUUAAAACACGAUGAAGCAGUUGACGUAGUUAACAGGCUCAAGGAGCGUGCUCUGAAGUUUGGAGCUUCAAGCUCUGUCCAGGCACACACGGCAGAAUAUCUAAGAGGAAGGAUACUAGACAGAAGCCAAAAUCAUAUGUCAGCCUCUAGGCAGUCGCAUCAUGUAGCUAGCAUUCUGUUUAGAAGCGCAAUCAAGAAGCGAAAUGCAAGGAAAUUACAUGAACGUAAAAUUGUGAGACAGAACAUCAACACAGUUGGUGCAAAUUUGCUUUCUUAACUGCUUUUGUGGGAUUCUGCCCAGAUUGUCGCUACUGGUACAUAGAACUACAUCACUGUGAUGAGGUUAGGGUGUGUAAAUCAUAUCAAGUUAUGUGUACUUUGGUCAGGCGAAUUUCAUUGAAUCUCUUGCUUAGAGAGCUAAAGUUCAUCGUAAUAAUAAAAUUGGUUUCAUGUGGUUAUCUAAAGUCUUUCCGCACUUGAACUUUAUGCCUAUUCAUGUAGUUGUUUAUUCUGUUCCAAAGAUAUAAUUUCCUGUUAUUUUGUUUAUGAAACCUUUUUCCUAUAGACUACUGGAUCAGGAUCUUUGCUAGGUCUUGAGAAGAACUCAUGGACCAAGCCGGCAUGAUGGAGAUAAGGAUGCACAUUUGUCUGGGUUGAGUGUGAUACAUGUCCAACUUAUGUUAGAUUGGCUAAUGGAUCCAGCAGUGCAGCAGAAUAGCUGAUUUCAGAUUGCAAGUGGUCAUCUAAAAUGAAGCUAACUAGUUGAGGCCGACAAGUGACAACUACUUGGUGAG